GCGAACUUAGGCUGUUACACAACUGCUGGGGUCUGUUCUCUCCACCCGCCCGGCAGUCAGGCAGCGUCGCCGUCGCUGUCACCCCCUUAGCGGUUCCAGGAGUCUCUGGCCCGCCGACGCCGCUUACCCGCGCCUCCGUGAGUCUACAGGAGCCCCGUCCGCCCGUCUGCGUCUCCCCCGCGCCGCCUCGCCGCCAGCCGCGCUAGCCGCUCCGGCCGACAUGAGUGGGGACCAUCUCCACAACGAUUCCCAGAUCGAGGCGGAUUUCCGAUUGAAUGAUUCUCAUAAACACAAAGAUAAACACAAAGAUCGAGAGCACCGGCACAAAGAGCACAAGAAGGACAAGGACAAGGACCGGGAAAAGUCAAAGCAUAGCAACAGUGAACAUAAAGAUUCUGAAAAGAAACACAAAGAGAAGGAGAAAACUAAACACAAAGAUGGAAGCUCAGAAAAGCAUAAAGAUAAACACAAAGACAGAGACAAGGAAAAACGAAAGGAGGAAAAGAUUAGAGCCUCUGGGGAUGCAAAAAUAAAGAAGGAGAAGGAAAACGGCUUCUCUAGUCCACCACAGGUUAAAGAUGAGCCAGAAGAUGAUGGCUAUUUUGUUCCUCCUAAAGAGGAUAUAAAGCCAUUAAAGAGACCUCGAGAUGAAGACGAUGCUGAUUAUAAACCUAAGAAAAUUAAAACAGAAGAUAUCAAGAAGGAGAAGAAAAGAAAACUAGAAGAAGAAGAGGAUGGUAAAUUGAAAAAAACCAAGAAUAAAGAUAAAGAUAAAAAAGUUCCUGAGCCAGAUAACAAGAAAAAGAAGCCGAAGAAAGAAGAGGAGCAGAAAUGGAAAUGGUGGGAAGAAGAGCGCUAUCCUGAAGGCAUCAAGUGGAAAUUCCUAGAGCAUAAAGGUCCCGUAUUUGCUCCACCAUAUGAGCCUCUUCCAGAGAGUAUCAAGUUUUACUAUGAUGGUAAAGUCAUGAAGCUGAGCCCCAAAGCAGAAGAAGUAGCUACAUUCUUUGCAAAAAUGCUCGACCAUGAAUAUACUACUAAGGAAAUAUUUAGGAAAAAUUUCUUUAAAGACUGGAGAAAGGAAAUGACUAAUGAAGAGAAGAAUAUUAUCACCAACUUAAGCAAAUGUGAUUUUACCCAGAUGAGCCAGUAUUUCAAAGCCCAGUCGGAGGCUCGGAAACAGAUGAACAAGGAAGAGAAACUGAAAAUUAAAGAGGAGAAUGAAAAAUUAUUGAAAGAAUAUGGUUUCUGUAUUAUGGAUAACCACAAAGAGAGGAUCGCCAACUUCAAGAUAGAGCCCCCUGGGCUUUUCCGUGGCCGUGGCAACCACCCCAAGAUGGGCAUGCUGAAGAGAAGAAUCAUGCCUGAGGAUAUAAUUAUCAACUGUAGCAAAGAUGCAAAGGUUCCUUCUCCUCCUCCAGGACAUAAAUGGAAAGAGGUCCGGCAUGAUAAUAAGGUUACUUGGCUCGUCUCCUGGACAGAGAACAUCCAAGGUUCCAUUAAAUAUAUCAUGCUCAACCCCAGUUCACGAAUAAAGGGUGAGAAAGACUGGCAGAAAUAUGAGAUUGCUCGGCGGCUGAAGAAAUGUGUGGAUAAGAUCCGGAACCAAUAUCGAGAAGACUGGAAGUCCAAAGAGAUGAAAGUCCGGCAGAGAGCUGUAGCUUUGUACUUCAUUGACAAGCUUGCUCUGAGAGCAGGCAACGAGAAGGAGGAAGGAGAAACGGCGGACACUGUGGGUUGUUGCUCACUUCGUGUGGAGCACAUCAAUCUGCACCCAGAGCUAGAUGGUCAGGAAUACGUGGUAGAGUUUGACUUCCCUGGGAAGGACUCAAUCAGAUACUAUAACAAGGUCCCCGUCGAGAAGCGAGUUUUUAAGAACCUACAACUAUUUAUGGAGAACAAACAGCCUGAGGAUGAUCUUUUUGAUAGACUCAAUACUGGUAUUCUAAAUAAGCACCUUCAGGAUCUCAUGGAGGGCUUGACGGCUAAGGUAUUCCGUACAUAUAAUGCCUCCAUCACGCUACAGCAACAACUGAAAGAACUCACUGUCCCGGAUGAGAACACCCCAGCAAAGAUCCUUUCUUAUAACCGUGCCAAUCGAGCUGUUGCAAUUCUUUGUAACCAUCAGAGAGCACCACCAAAAACUUUUGAGAAGUCUAUGAUGAACUUGCAGUCUAAGAUUGAUGCCAAGAAGGAACAGCUAGCAGAUGCCCGGAGAGACCUGAAAAGCGCCAAGGCUGACGCCAAGGUCAUGAAAGAUGCAAAGACCAAGAAGGUAGUAGAAUCAAAGAAGAAGGCUGUCCAGAGAUUGGAGGAACAGUUGAUGAAGCUGGAAGUUCUGGCCACAGACCGAGAGGAGAAUAAGCAAAUUGCUUUGGGAACCUCCAAACUCAAUUAUCUGGACCCUAGGAUCACAGUGGCUUGGUGCAAGAAGUGGGGCGUCCCAAUUGAGAAAAUUUACAACAAAACCCAGCGGGAAAAGUUUGCUUGGGCCAUUGACAUGGCUGACGAAGACUUUGAGUUUUAACCAGUCUCAAGGGGCAGAGUUCUGUGAAAAGGAACAGUAUGGUUUGGGGAAGAUGGAUAAACUGAGACUCACUUGCCCUCAACUGAGGGAGAGAGGCAGCAAGUCUUAACCAACAUCUUUGCGAAAAGAUAACCUGGAGAUAUUAUAAGGGAGAGCUGAGCCAGUUGUCCUAUGGACAACUUAUUUAAAAAAUAUUUCAGAUAUCAAAAUUCUAGCUGUAUGAUUUGUUUUGAAUUGUUUUUUAUUUUCAAGAGGGGAAGUGGAUGGGAAUUUGUCAGCAUUCUGUUGGGCAAAUUCACUGUUUCACUGAAACAUUUGGAUUCUCUUAGCUACUGUAUGCGAAGUCCGAUUAUAUUGGUGCGUUUUUACAGUUAGGGUUUUGCAAUAACUUCUAUAUUUU